AUGUUGUUCGCGCCCGGUGAAGUAAUCAUAUCGGGUCUUGUCGGAAGCCCUUCAGGGUUAAUAUCAGGAUCAAUGAGAGAUGAUGUUGGGACGGACGUACCAGUAGAUCUUGACUUUGCUGAACUUGAAGGCGGGCACACGACGGAUGCACCACCGCCUGCAACCACUGUCCAGACACGACCGGUGGGGCUGAGGACGGCCAUGGGUGUGCCACGGUCAACGUUUACCUUUGAGCCAGUUGCCAUUGGUUGCAGCCGGAGCGGUCUCAUAGACGGGGAAGAAAGGCAGCGCCAAUUGAUGAUCAACGCUCAGCUGACAAAGCUAAACACGAACCUGGGACCGGAUAUCUAUGCAUUUUGUGAUCGAUCCAAUCCAGGCUUCACGUGCGCACCCUCUUUACUUAAGUUUACAGGUUGGGGCGAUCAGCCUCAAUUGCAGGGCGAUUAUCAGCCUGAGCAACAUACGACUGAACAACCCCCUCCCGAUUCUCAUCCAUUCAAUUUCCCUAACUACGAUGACUAUCAACACGACUAUCAUACGGCACCAGCAGGUCCUUCCAGCGAGGCUGCAAACUAUCCUGAUCAAUCAUCAUUACAGGGCUUGCAGCAACACCAGGAUGAUGACUAUCCUGCCAUACUGGGUGGCUAUCAGUCACGCCAUCGAUUGCAUCAGCACCUUAAUCAGGACGAGCUGGCCGCCGCCGCCAUCACAAAUUCAAUCCACUAUCCUUUGCCUUCUGUACACCCUGCUGCACUGGCUGGGACCAGCUCUUCCAUCCAAAACCCAAACACUUUUCCGAUCCAACCACAAUAG